AUGUAUUUGGGGAUUUUGAAAGCAGUGUGCACUUUUAUUUUCUUUGAGAAAACUGUCUCUGUUUUAGUUUGGGGGAUUAGGCUUAGUCGAACCUCGAUUUGUUCAAAGAAAGUGAUUGUCAUGGACCCCGGAAGGGAUUCCAAAAAAAGAAUCUCUAAUGUCACUACCAUUAUGGACCUUUCGAGUGAUAUUGUGUCGGAAAUUCUUUCGAGAUUAUCAAUCAAGCCCCUUUUUUGUUGUAAGAUGGUUUGUAAAAUGUGGUAUAAUCUUUUAACUUCCGAACCAUCAUUUUUUAACAUGUAUCAGCAAAGAUCGUCAACUAAUUUCCCGAGCCUUUUGCUUUCGGUUAAUUACUCUGUCUACUUUCUUGUCGAACUCAAAGCUGAUGAUUCUCAACCCCUAAAGAGAAACAUUGUGUUGAGCCCUAAGUUUCAUAUCCCUUCAUCGAAGUUGAGAUUAAUUGGUUCGUGUAAUGGGAUUGUUUGUCUGUUGAAUAGUAAUAGUGGAACUAAUCAUUCGGUUUACAUUAGCAAUCCUCUUUUGGGUGAGUAUUACAAGGUUAAAAUGCAGGAAAGAAACCACGUUGCUUAUGCAUUUUGCUUUAGUGAAGCUUCUGGAGAGUAUAAAGUAUUGAGAUCCGUACUUAGAAAUUUUGAAGGAUAUCCAAGCGUAUCAGAGUUCGAGGUUUAUACUAUUGGAGUUGAUGAAAAAUGGAGAUAUGUGGGCAAAGCUCCAAAACCACUACAUGAAUCAUUUAGUAACAGUAACGUUAAUGGUGUUGUUCAUUGGAUGAAUAUGGAUAAAAAUGACAAGAUUUACUCGUUUAACAGUUGGACAGAAAAGAUGAAGACCCUGUUAGCUCCGCGUGGUCUGGAAACUUCAUCCUACGACUUGACUCUAGUAGAGUUGGAGAAUUGUCUAUGUUUAUGUGAUACUAACCACAGUCAGUAUGUUGAUAUAUGGUGGAUGAAACAGUAUGGAAUAGCUGAAUCUUGGACUAAAACUCGCAUUUUGAAGGAUACUAUUCAACCAAAUAUCCGUUGUGAUAGAUUUAUACCAAUCUCAACUUGGAAAGAUGGAGAAAUAUUGAUGCAAAGGGAUCGUGCCACACAAAUAGUUUCUUACAACCCAAAAGAAAAGAAGUUUACCAAGGUUAGAGUGUACCUUGGAUUUGAAGCGUCUAGGUACAUUCCAAGUUUUUACUCACUCAAGACUAUCAUUGGGAAAAAUUUACAAGUCUCAUAUACUCAUCCGAAGAUUGACUUAAUUUAG